AAUGAUGGGAGAUAGCAAAGGGGGCUCGGCCUCGCGGGGCACCCCACGCCCACUAGGGGGCGCGGCGGGAGGUGCCUCCGCUACGCCUCUGCACAGUGCAGCUCGGCCGAAGCAGGCGGGCAGGAGCGGCCGGCAGCCCGGCGCUCUGGAGGCGGAGAGGAGAAGGUGGAGGGAGCUCUGGGGGCCCCGACGCCGCCCAGGUUCUAGGGGCCAGGGCCCGGGCUCCGCCAGCCCCAAGAGGGGCUUGACCUUGGAACUGAGCCCCGGGGCGCGGCGUGGGGGGCCACCCCAGGACGAAGCUCCCCGGGGGAGCCAAGUGUCCUGGUCCCUCGAGAGGACGCGGUCCCCCUGGGGAGGGAGUGGGACUGGAGACCCCGGCAGACCCCUGCUCCCACGCACACCUCCAUGGGCUCCUUGUGUCAAGCUAAUGCCGCCUGCCUGUGGCCCCCGCCAGGAUGGACUGACCCCGGCAGCCUGGCAGGAGGAACCAGACCUCAAGGUGCUGGUCUUGGCCUGAGGGAACCCAGGAGCGGUCUCCCCGCCCCGGGGAAUCGUGAGCCCAGGGAAGGGGCGGCCCCCUGAGCCAGGGGAGGAAGGCCC